AUGAAAAGUUGUAUCUGUUUAUUAUUGAUAACUUUAUCACUCCUAACGGUGUGUGAAGCUCGUGGUGGUAGGCGUGGCGGUUCGAUGGGUGGCAUGUUUGGUAGUUGGCGUAAAUAUAAGAAACCCUCCUCCUCGAGUAGUGUAUCAUCGAGACGUAUAGUUAGCAGUUCACCGGUUCACACACCCAUCACAAAAGCCCUUAAUGAAAAGAAGGCAACCGGUGGUGAUAAAUUUAUCAAAAAUGGAAAGACCUAUGGUAGUGCUAAAUAUAAUACACCACCACUGCCGCCAGGUGGUUCGUAUUAUCAAAAUACCGCUGCAAUGCCGGCUAAUGCUGUUUACAUCGCCCAAGCACCGCCAAGGGGAGCAGAUUUUGGUGACUUCUUGACCGGUUACCUUACGGGCAGAUUAUUGACAAUGGGCCUCUCGCCAUACCCAUAUCAUCAUCACGUGACUCAUGUCUAUCACGACAAUCCAAAUCAAGCUGCUGCGAACAAUGGCAAUAACGACGGAAAAGUUAUAAUAAUCAAUAAUGGACAAGAUGUAGCUGCAGCAUCAGCUCCAGCAACAACAACCUCUUCAUCAACAUCAUCAAAUAGUCCAGAUUCGACAACAGAAAUUCCCACCUCAUCAUCUCCAUAUGCUUUGGCCUACACCUCAUCGACAGAAAAUAUUGCAGCUGCGAUAUCAACAACCCCACCACCGAAUGGAAUUAUUUGUGUACCAAUUAAAAUGAAAGAGAAAAAUUCUAACGGUGAUCUGAUCGAAGUUGAUCGUAUUGUCUGCUAUCCGGCACCACCACCACCGGCUCAAAUACAAAAUGAAAUGAAAUCGAAGCCCGUCGAAAUUGCCGGAGAUAUUGUCGAUCAUUGA